AUGGGUUCCCUCGAAGAAAGUAGCAGCUCGCGUCCCCUUAUCGCCAAUAACAACCUCGUCUCUUUGGCCGCAAGCGGCCAGAUAUGUACAGCUUUUGGCAUCAAGAUCACGCGCGGCGGUGAGAUUGUGCAGAUCGCCAAAGCUUCAGGUUAUGAUUCCCUCUUUAUCGACCUCGAGCAUACUUGCAUGUCCAUCCAGGAUGCUUCGCAAAUGUGCAUCACAUCUAUUGCCAGCGGAAUCACACCAUUUGUUCGUGUGCCGCAUCAAUGUGGACAUGGGUUCAUCCAGCGAGUCCUUGAUGUUGGAGCCAUGGGCGUCAUUAUUCCGCACAUACAUGGUAUCGAAGAUGCCCGAAAAGCGAUUCAAGUUACCAAAUACCCUCCCCUCGGCAAGAGAUCGGUCAGCAUGGGCUUCCCGCAGUUUCAUUACCAGACACCACCUAUGAAUAUUUUCUUGAACGAAAUGAACCAAUUGGGGUCUCUAUGCUUCAUCAUGAUAGAAACAAGAGAUGCCCUCGAAGCCGUGGACGAGAUUGCGGCCUUGCCAGGCUGCGAUGUGCUCCUGAUUGGAUCCCAGGAUUUGGCGACCGAAAUCGAGACCAUGCCAGACUGGGAUGCGCCGGCCUUUUGGCAGGCUCUUGAAAAAGUCGGAUACGCGGCCAAGAAACAUGGAAAGUUGCUGGGGAUCGCGGGUCUGUACCACCGUCCAGACAUACUGGGAAGGGUGAUCAACGAGCUCGGUGCAAAGUGGAUCGUCGGAGCACAUGAUGUUGGAUUGCUAUCUCAAGGGGGGCGCAUCAACUCUGACCUCUUGAGGAGUCUCCAAAAGUCUUGA